CUCUUUCCCCCUUCCUCCUCGUCUCACAUCUUUCCCACUCUUCUCCUAUGUCUCCCUCUUGUUAACGUUCCAUAUCACAAAAAGUACAACAGUAACCAAAAUUAAGGAGAAGAGAACUAACAAUGGAGAGAAACCAAACACCUCUACGCCAAAAAUCCAGCAGCUUCUCUUCCUCCACUCGCGAAGAGAAGCUCCGCGAGACCGAUCGAAACCUCUCGUUGGGCUCCAUUAGAUUGGAAAGCUCCGAGAGAAAAGAAAAUGACUUCGAUAGAAUCCUUGAGAAAAUGGACGAAGAGAACGCCGCGGAGAAGCCCGAGGACGAAGACGCCACCGCCGCCGCCGCCGCCAAUGCAAAAGAAACCGUCACCGACUUCGCCACCCUCUCCGAGGAAAUCGACCAAUUCCUCGGCAUUUUCUUCAGCCUCAAAGCCGUUCCAAAUCCGGAGAAUUGCACCCCUCCCGAGAUCCCAGAAUCCGUCGUCGAGAAUUUCGUCACAGCGGUCGAGAAGGAGAUUGUCAAAUACGAAUCCGGCGAGGAGAAGUGGUCGCCCGAUCACGACGAGCUGUCCCUGCUCGCGGCGAUUGAUCGCAUAUCGAAGCUGACGUCGGCAGUAACAACGUUCUCGUCGGAGCCAAUGUACGGCCACGCAAUGAGCCGUGCCGGUGGCGUGUUGCACCACGCCAUGUCGUUCCUCGAGGAUGAAUUCCAUGCGCUCCUCCUUGAGGACUCCCGGGCAAAGCCGGCGGCCGAUCUGGGCUGCGCCAGCUCGAAGAUCAAGCGCCCGCCGUCGUUCGGCCGCAGGGAGGACGCGGACCGAUGCGUCAUCCCUUCGGCCGAAUCGAAUUCCACUGAAUCAGCUCCGGCAUAUCCUCCGGAGACUGUUGAGCGGCUUCGUGCAAUAGCGGCUGCGAUGAUCGCCGCCGAGUACGGGACCGAAUGCUGCCAGGUAUUCACGGUCGCGCGGCGGAACGCAUUCGAGGCUGGGCUGUCGAGCAUCGGGUACGAGAAGUCAAGCAUCGACGACGUGCUCAAGAUGGCGUGGGAGGCGCUGGAGGGUGAGAUCGCAAUGUGGAUCAAGACGUUCCGGCAAUCUGUUGGUGCCUCGCUCUCCUACGAGCACGAUCUCUGCCACCAGGUCUUCGCCGGCCACUGCGACAUCGCCUCCGCAAUUUUCCACAACUUUGCGCGUGGCGUCGUGAUCCACCUCCUCAAUUUCGUUGAGGCCGUCGCGAUGACCAAGCGUUCGGCGGAGAAGCUGUUCAAAGUGCUCGACAUGUAUGAGGCGCUGCGGGAUUCGCUGCCAAUGAUCGAAGCGCUUUUUCCGGCAUCCGAGGACGACAGCGGCGGCGGCGAGGAGUCCUCAACGCUGUCGGAACUGAGAUCAGAGAUCAAUUCAGUGCGGGGCCGGCUCGGGGAGGGGGCGGUUGCGAUAUUCUGCGAGCUCGAGAGCUCGAUCAAGAGCGACAUGGGGAAGACCCCGGUCCCCGGCGGUGCCGUGCACCCACUCACCCGCUACGUGAUGAACUACCUCAAGUACGCCUGCGAGUACAAGAACACCCUGGAGCAGGUAUUCAAAUUGCACCAUAAGCCUGCCGCCUCCUACGACGACGACGAUGACGGCGACAACAACAACUAUAGCAGCAGCAGCAACAACAACAAUAACAACAACCGCCGCCGCCGGGGUCCCGCGGCGAACAGCGAGAACCCGUUCGCGGGGCAACUGAUAGAGGUGAUGGACCUCCUCCACGCGAACCUGGACGCGAAGUCGAAGCUCUACAAGGACCUGGCGCUGAGCAACAUAUUCCUGAUGAACAACGGGCGGUACGUCGUGCAGAAGAUCAAGGGAUCGGCGGAGAUCAACGCGUUGUUGGGAGACUCGUGGGGGCGGAAGCGGUCGUCGGAUCUGCGGCAGUACCACAAGAACUACCAGCGGGAGACGUGGUCGCGGGUGCUCGCGUGUUUCAAGGACGACGGGCUCACGGUGAAGGGGACGGUGCAGAAGCCGGUGCUCAAGGAGCGGCUCAAGAGCUUCAACGCCAUGUUCGAGGAGAUCCACAAGACGCAGAGCGCGUGGGUGGUGAGCGACGAGCAGCUGCAGUCGGAGCUGCGCGUGUCGGUGUCGGCCGUCGUCGUGCCCGCGUACAGGUCGUUCCUCGGCAGGUUCUCGCAGUACCUCAACCCGGGACGGCAGACCGAGAAGUACGUAAAAUUCGGGCCCGACGACCUCGAAAACUACAUCGACGAGCUCUUCGACGGCAACCCGACGUCGAUGGCGCGGCGGAGGUAACUGGUGCCUAUGCUAAUGAUGGAGACCUCCUCCGGGACUAUUGUUUUGUUAUUAUAUAUUGUUCAGUGGAGCAUUUGAGCGAACAAGUUAUUUAUGUACCCAAAUUAAUCGAAUCGCCAGAAUUUAGGUAUGUAUGUAAGCAAAUAUUAUUUUCAAGUUGUCUAUUCUUUCA